AUGCGUUUCAGCACCGCAACCUUGACCACCAUUCUUGCUUCAGCAAGCCUGGCAGUGGCUGCGCCUUUCUCCAUCGACGACAUCGGAAAGGCUUUCUCCGACCUUACCAAAAUCUCCAUUCCCAGCAUUUUCAAGGGAGUUUCUGCCGCCGACAUCCCCAGGAGCGCCGCCAAGCUCCCCAAGCUCCCCGUAAUCCCGGGCCUGUCCACCAUCAGUACCCUGUUCGACCUCACCAAGCUCAUCACGACGGUCGUGGAAGAGGGCCCGGACCUCUUCAAGAACGCGUGCGGCGACUCGACCUUUGUCGACCAGGGCUCCGAGGCAUCGCCGCUGGUCAUCGACUGCGAGCGCAUGUGUGACAACCUCUCCGGCCCUGGGGCCUUCACCAUUAUCGGCGAGGAUCGGCAGCUCGCCUCGUUUGGCACGUGCGCCUUCGGCGCUGACCCGGGCACCCUAGGCGCCGCCGUCGUCGGCACCGAGGACAUCCGCGACCUGGUUGCGUCGUCCAUCGCUGCCUUUAAACGCCAGAGCGACGGCAAAGUCGGCUCCAAGGGCAGCAUGGCCUGCGGUCCCAUCGGUGUUAAUGUCGACUGGGGUCUUUACCACACCUGA